AUUAUUUUUUUCUUCCCUUUCCCUCUCGCGCGUUUCCGAUCUCCUUCCUCGCAUCCGCUCCGAACUCGGGCAUAGACGAAAGCCUCUUAAGUCUCAGAUUGUCCUUUUAAAUACUCUCGCUCGCUCUCUGUACUUUGAAUUAUUCUUCCUCACACUUUUUCUACUCAGCCUUCAGAGCCAUAAAGUUUCGCAUAGAGAGGUAUAAACACAGAGAGAGAGAGAGAGAGAGUUUGGAGAUGGCUGACGUCACGCAUAUCACCGCCGCCGGUCAUGCCGGGGAAUUUCCGUCUGUUCCGACGCACGGAGGUCAGUUUAUUCAGUACAACAUUUUCGGGAACCUCUUCGAGAUCACCACCAAGUACCGCCCCCCUAUCUUGCCGAUUGGCCGUGGCGCGUACGGAAUCGUAUGCUCAAUGUUGAAUUCGGAGACGAACGAGAUGGUCGCGAUGAAGAAAAUAGCGAACGCUUUCGAUAACCACAUGGACGCGAAGCGCACGCUCAGGGAGAUUAAGCUGCUUCGGCAUUUCGAUCAUGAAAAUAUCAUAGGCAUAAGAGAUGUUGUUCCUCCUCCUUUACGGAGAGAAUUCACCGAUGUUUACAUUGCCAUGGAACUCAUGGAUACUGAUCUUCACCAAAUAAUUCGCUCCAAUCAAAGCUUAUCAGAGGAGCAUUGUCAGUACUUCUUGUAUCAACUUCUUCGAGGACUGAAGUUUAUACAUUCUGCGAAUGUUAUUCAUAGAGACUUGAAACCCAGCAACCUCUUACUGAAUGCAAAUUGUGACCUUAAGAUAUGUGAUUUUGGUCUUGCCCGUCCAACUGCAGAGAAUGAGUUUAUGACUGAAUAUGUUGUCACCAGAUGGUACAGGGCGCCUGAGUUACUGUUGAACUAUUCUGAUUACACUGCUGCCAUUGAUGUGUGGUCUGUAGGUUGCAUCUUUCUGGAGCUUAUGAAUAGAAAACCUUUGUUUCCAGGCCGAGAUCAAGCGCAUCAGAUGCGCUUGUUGAUAGAGCUCCUUGGGACACCAACCGAGUCUGAUUUUUGGUUUGUUCGGAAUGAGGAUACAAAGAGAUAUAUUCGCCAACUGCCCCGACAUCCUCGACAGCCGUUAGCCAUUGUUUUCCCACAUGUUAAUCCAUUAGCCAUUGAUCUAAUGGAGAAAAUGUUAACAUUUGAUCCUGCUAAAAGAAUUACUGUUGAGGAAGCAUUGGCCCAUCCUUACUUCGAAAGAUUGCAUGACGUAGCUGACGAACCAGUCUGCUCAGAGCCAUUUUCCUUCGACUUUGAGCAAAAACCCUUGGAAGAGGAGCAAAUGAAGGAUAUGAUUUACCAGGAGGCCUUAGCUUUCAACCCAGAACACGCAUAGUCAAAAAAUGUCUUUGUUCUUGGUCACAGAUUGUACAAUGUACACCUGCGUUUAUUCUAUUUCAACUGUAACAUUACUUUGGUGUGUCUGCUGAUAUUACACAAAUGACUGUCCAUCAGCUGAGUUCAGCCUCUAAAUUUAUUUUUGAGGCCAGUCCACUAGCAAGGUGUUUUUUCAUUUUUUUUUUUCUCUUUUCUUUCUAGAACUUGUAUCCCACUUUCUUUGAUGUGCUAAAUCUUUAUUUUGUAUAUAGGAUCCAGUGUAACUCAUAACCAAUGAGUUAAUAAAAAUUGACUAUUGUUUUGUUCUUUUCC